AUGACCAGUGUAUUCCAAUCAACAAAACUGCAGUCCCAGGUCAACUAUGACUUUCUGGACGAAGAGACCGAGGACAUUGGGAGGUCAAAAUUUGUGCUGGCCCUAUUGAGUAGCAUAGGGUUUUGCAUCUCGUUUGGCAUCCGUUGUAACAUGGGAGUGGCGGUCCUUCAAAUGACCCGCAACCACACGAGCCCCAAUGACACUACGGCUAUUACCAUUGAUGUUUGUGGAGGGAGAGAAAAAACUCUGGUGGCCAAAGUGUACCAAGCGAGAGCCGCAUUCAGAAGGAAUGAAACAAAGGAAACUUAA